CUUUUCUUUUUGGAAUAACAUCUCAAUAGCACCUCGGCUCUGGGGUGCAAGCCCUGCGAUCUCAAGACGCAAGCCUGGGCGCAACCAUAGGGCUGUGGGGUUGCGGGAUUGCAGGCUUCAGGGAGUCUGAUCCGCCAGCUUGGGGAGCGGAGCGCAGCGAAGCGCAGCGCAGCGCCGGCGCCGCGGCAUAGGAGGCGGCGUGGUGAACGUGAGCGCCGGCCUCGCGCAGACGCAGCGCACUCACGGGGCGGUCCCGGAGGCAGCGAGCUGUGAUUCCGGUUCCGUCGCGGAGACACGUGAAGGUCGGUUAGUUGGUACAGAGUUCGUCUCUGCAAGCGUGGUCGCCCUGGGAUGGAUUCCUCCUCCUCUUCCUCCGCGGCGGGUUUGGGUGCAGUGGACCCGCAGUUGCAGCAUUUCAUCGAGGUAGAGACUCAAAAGCAGCGCUUCCAGCAGUUGGUGCACCAGAUGACUGAACUUUGUUGGGAGAAGUGCAUGGACAAGCCUGGGCCAAAGUUGGACAGUCGGGCUGAGGCCUGUUUUGUGAACUGCGUUGAGCGCUUCAUUGAUACAAGCCAGUUCAUCUUGAAUCGACUGGAACAGACCCAGAAAUCCAAGCCAGUCUUCUCAGAAAGCCUUUCUGACUGAUCUCAGCAUUACCUCUUUGGAAAAGGAAAGUAGUUCAAGAAAUGAAGAGCUGUUGAUGGGAUGAUUGAAGAAA